AUGAACCAAGCCGCUGUGCUGGCUCUCCUUGUCUUCCACUUCUUUACUGUCGUGCUGCCGAUCUGCCUCGUGCUUCUCCACGUUCUCCUUGGGGCGCUGUUCAUUCUCUUCCUGGUCAGAGUGAUGCCGCAGGGCGGGAACGUGGCGGCGCUUGUGCGCGGUCUGAUGGAGACCGACGUGGCGGAGGCGACAGAGGGCGAGGGCGUCCCCUGCUCCCAACCAGCAGCUGGCCCUGGCGACCGCGACGCGACCGCGGGCGAGAACGCGUUCCACGCUCUCUGGAGAGUGCUCAGCGUCUACCGCCGGACGUUCCGCGCGGAGCGGAGCCCGGGGGACGCCGGCGAGAGGCGGCCUCAAGGAGGCGACGAGGGGCGAGGGGUCGAGAAUGCGCGCUCGUCGCAAAUACCUGGAACCGCGUGGGAGCGAGGGCUGGCUGGAGGGCCGGGCUCGCUGCCUUCCCCGGAACACCUGCUUCCCUACAUUCCGGCAGACGCGGAGUUGGUGGUGAACGCAGGGGAGAACGAGGCGGCGACUUCGCUGCGCCGCCGGAAGGAAGACGUGUAUACGAAGCUUCACAACGUCCUCCUGGGGCUGCCGCCGCCGAUCGUCACGUCGGUCCAGCCUCCGCCGUACGCACUGCCCUUGGAUGCGCUGCUCUUCAACCCGACUGCCUCCCACACGCACCUGCGGUUCCCGCGCGCACAGGGUCACCCGCUGCUGCUGCGACAAAUCUUCCUCCACGUGCCUCUCUCGCGCCGCGAGCAGCGCUGGCUUGACGCCCUCCACGUUCUGCUGAAGCAAGACUUCGGCGAGCCGUUCCCCCCCCGGUCGUCCGCCGCCAAAGGCACGGCUCGCGCUCCACGGGCUGAGAGGCCUUUGCCGGAAGGGCGCGAGGAGGCGACCCCGCCUGAGAAGCCGAAGGAGGGCGCGGAGACAUCUGAGUUGCAGACUAAACCCGUGGACGAGGGCAGACCCCUUGGGGGGGAGAGACGCGCGAGCGACCGCAGCACCGAGGCGCCCACCGCCGCGGCCUCGCCCGGGCGCAGUGCAUCCGCGAGCCGGAGAGACAGCGGCGACGUGGCUGGGCGUCAGAAGAGAGAGGCGGGUGGCGCAGAGGCCGCGCGCCCUCCCGAGGGACAGGCAGAAGAGGAGAGCGAAGACAUAUUCUCGGAUAAGGCGGAGAGCGCGGAGGCGGGCGCUCGCCGCAGAGGCUCCUCUGAGGAUUUUUCGUGUUUCCUGCGCUCACUCGACAGGCAAUGGACUACAACGCCGCUGGCUGAGGGCGAGACCGCGUCGCUCCAGGGCGACCAAGACGACGACGACUUCGAGAGCUUCAUCGAAGCGGUCGAACUGUCGCGGGCGACGUGCAGUAGCGCGGCGCAUGCGGCCGCUCACCGCGGAAUGGGCAGCAAAGAGAAAAAAGGUGCAGGGAAGGGAGACGCGCCGGCGCCCUAUCCGAGUCUGCUGGAGCCCGCGCUCCUGCGGGUGCUGUGGCUGAUCUUCCGCAAGCAGAGCCGCAAGUUCGCGCCGCCCGGGCCUCCAGAGUCCAGCGCUGAUCACCACCCGGCGUCUCCGCUCGGCGCCACACCCGCAGCGCAGGCACAUAAGAAAGACGAGCCGCUCCCCUCUGGCGCAUCUCGCGCCUCCAAGGUCAUACUCACGCGCGACGAGGAGGCUCGCCGAGCAGAGGGCGCUGCAGAGGACGAAAGGCCGCACCGUGCCGGCGAGGGCAGGGCCUCGUCCGCGGCGCGAGAAGGGCGAGGGACGGGGCUGAAGGCGGGCGAAGCCAAGGGCACUGACGGGCGCUACGCGGACUCGGGGAUGACGGAGGAAGAAGAAGUCGCGGAGGCGCGGGAGCUUGCGCGGGAGGCGGCGGCGCACGUGGGCAAGAUGGUGGCGUUUCGCCGAGAGGUCUUUCCGCUUUCGGAUCGCGAGACGGCGCUUGCGAAAGACCUGCAAAAGGGACUUCUCUACUGGUGCGGGCGCGACGUGGCGAUGCGGCCAGUGUUGGUCCUGAACCUGUUGAAGCUGGACGCGGAGGUGAUGGAGCUGAGUCGCUUUCUCCGCCUGCUGCUCUUCGUCUUCGAAUGGGGGCUGCGGUAUCUGAUGGUGCCAGGCAAAGUCGAGACGUGCGUCGUCCUGCUGGACUUGCGCGAAGUCUCGCUGUGGUCGCUGCCCUACUCGUGUCUGCAGACGCUGGUGCAGACGCUGACGCUGCAGUAUCCCUUCCGCCUGCGGAAGAUGUUUGUGCUUCACGACUCGCGCCUCAUCAACGGCAUGUGGAACCUCGCCAAGGCGUUCCUUACCGACGUCCAGCAAGCAAAAGUCGCCACCUUCAAAGUCGAGAAGGGCAAACAGAAUCCGCAGCUCACUGAAGAACUCCUUCACCUCGUCCAUCCCUCGCAACUCGAGGCCAAGUUCGGCGGUACGCGACCCAACAUCGCCGACGACUUCUACCCCUUCCCCCUCGCGCCGCCCGAGCCCCUCCUCAGAAGAUCCAAAACUGGCGCCGUCUGCAAGCAGGCUUCGGAUCUCUUGACCUCCUUCGGCGUCACGUGGGACGGCGGUUGCCGCCUGCCGGUGCAGUGGAGCACCGUCGUCGCCGCGGCGAUCCUCCGCAGUCCAGCGGUGCGGCAGCAGUCUCACCUCGUUCAUCUCGCCUCGGCGGCGUCGCUCAACUCCUGGUCUUCCGCUUCUCCGUCGGCGCUGCCGUCGCGCGCCGAGCGGUCUUCGUCUCUCCUCUCGGCGCGCGACGCGCCGGAGGCUGAGGCGCCGGAAGAGCGAAACGAGAAAAGCCAGACGCGACGAUGCUAG